AUGGCAUUCAGAUUCGUUGUUCUAACUUGCUUGGUGGCAGCCGCCAGCGCUGGUUUAAUCCCGGUAGCUCCCCUCACGUACGCCGCGCCCACAUACCACGGCGCCCCCGUGGCCUAUGCCGCCGCUCCCGUCACAAAGCUCGCUUAUGCCUCACCAGUCGCCAAGGUCGCCGUUGAGGAAUACGACGCACACCCUCAGUACAGCUUUUCAUACGACGUUCAGGAUGGUCUGACCGGAGACUCCAAGUCACAACACGAAAGCCGUGAUGGUGACGUCGUUCAGGGCUCUUACUCGGUCGUCGAGCCCGACGGCACCAAGCGUACUGUCGAUUACACCGCUGACCCGCACAACGGCUUCAACGCUGUUGUUCACAAGGAGCCUGCUGCUGUGAAGGUCGCAGCUGUUGCCAAGGUUGCCGCUCCGGUCGCCUACCACGCCGCCCCUGUCGCCUACCAUGCAGCUCCCGUCGUUCACGCCGCACCUGUGGCAUACUCCGCCCCCAUCUACCACCAUUGA